AGGUCUACGGCAUUGGGUUACAAAGAUAUAGAGAUUAUAAAAAUCAGACUUUGUGGCAAAAACUCAAUUCCUUUGUAACUGGAGUUUAACAACCGUCUUCCAAUUCUACAGUUUUAUGUGUUUCACUGUUAUGUAAACAAUGCUGAGAUAAGUUCAAAGAGACGUAAUUACAUCUUAAUAAUCCAAAUUAUUUUCUAUUUUUAUUAUUUAUUCAAUUUCUCAAUUAAACUCUAUUCAUCUAAAUUUUGAAUAAUUUUCUGUCAUCCAUUUUUUCAUUUUUAUGGCAUAGUUUUGAUGCGGUGACAGUAAAUAGUAAAAUUGCUUUUAUCGAAAUGUUUAAAACUCUCCAAUACUUUUUGCGUGUUUAGAUUUUCAGAUUAAAAUUAAAGAAUUUCUGCAAAAAUGCGAAAAUUGUACAAUCUUGCGACUUUUCUACUUUUGGGACAUUUUCCUUCAGCUUUCAGUCAGCAACAGUUUGUGGGUACUCUAGUCAGAGACGAAGAGAUGAUUUUACCAAAAUGUUGUGGGGGCGGAGAUCUCAAGAAUGUAAAUGGAAGUUUAAUCUGUAUCGGAGAUGAGAAGAAAUCAAGUAUUGAAGUUGGAUUUAGCGGGAUAACAAGAGAAUACCCAGUUCAGGGUUCUGGAAUGCCGUUUUGUAAAUCUGAACUAGAAGCUUGGUAUCCUGAGCAAUCAGAAUCUCUAUCAGAGAGUUCAUCCCUGUUAACUGAAGACGGAGUUUUAAUCCAUGAAGAUCAUUGGUACAGAAAAGACUCUUUCUGUGUGGAUCAUCUCAUAGACUCAGAUUAUGGGGAAGAUUUAAGAAAUGUGGUUGUCCUGUACUGUGUACCCAAAGGUGAAAGGAAAAUUAAAUGUGAAAACCUUGAAGAUUGCACCAGCAGGUGUUGUCAGCCCUGGGCCAGGCUAGAUCAAGAUGUUCAGUUCUGUUCACAUCAUCAGGAUGGGCAGCUGCAGAAAAAAAGCUCUACAGGAUAUAUUUACAAUAGUUUACAAUGUAACCAGUUGAUGAAUAGCUCUGUGUAUACAAUGGAGGAAAGGGGGAUUGAAAUUAAUGGAAAUUUUGUUUCAAGGACUCAAUAUUGUUUGGAUUCUGAAAGGAUAUUCUGUUCAGACAUGUUGUAUACUACUGUGCAGAUGAACUACAGCCCAACAAGAAAUCGUCCAGUGAACCUACAUCAAACUCAUCCAUCAACCAAUUCCUAGCUUUCAACAGUAUACUCAUUUCUAUAUUUAUAAUGAUGUUAUCAAAUAGUAAAUACUUAUAAGUUGCUUAAAAAUUAAUAUGACUAAAAGGAAAUAUAUUUAAUUUUGGAUGAUUUCAGUUUUCAAUUUGAUAAUUUAAUGCAUGUGCUAUGACACGUGAUACACGCAAGGUUGUUGUGCCACAUGUAUAGUGUAUACAUUUCCGCAAGGUUCGGUAAUUUUCUUAUUUUGAAAAUGUUUCAAGGUUUACAUUAUACAAUACAAACCAUGUAGAAAUAAAUCAAUGGAACAAUGCAGUUGUCAGCUUAGACAUCUAUGACAGCUAUGAAAGCAUGAAAGAGAAAACGACUUUAUUUAUUUGGAUUGGUUGUUUUAGCAAGACUCAUUAAGUUGAUAAACACAGAUUUCUGUUCAAGCUUUUUUCUGCAAUUUAAGAAAAUAUGUAUAAUCCUUUCUUAGUUCGACUGCAGGGUUUUAAAGGAAUUGAGUCUUUGCCACAAACUCAAAUUUUCUAAUCCCUAUAUCUAUGGAACCUGAUGU